GAAAUCGCUGCGCCUGUGCCUUUAUUUCACCUUGUAGAUCCACUGUCUUCUGUGGUGCGGAUCUACCAGCUGGAGAUUCCCUUAAAGAAGUUUAUGCAAGGCUUUUGGUGAACAUGAACAUCCUGCAAGUCCUUUGCAUCCUGCAGCUGGUUGGUCCUGCUUUUACGCUGACACAGCCUGUGAAUGACUACUGGGGGGAGUUUGGGGCCUAUGGCCCCUGCAGCCGUACCUGUGGCACCGGAGUGUCAAUGAGAACCAGGAGAUGUAUUACUUCAAGGACAGAUGGUGGCCACAACUGUGUAGGAUCCUCCAAAUCGUUCCUCACCUGUAAUACACAGGCCUGCCCAGUUGGUUCGAGAGAUUUCAGGGAGGAGCAGUGUUCGGAAUUUGACAGAAUAGACUUUCAAGGAAAACGUCACACAUGGGUGCCUUAUUAUGGAGCCUCCAACCCAUGUGAGCUAAACUGUGUACCAAGAGGACAAAACUUCUUCUACCGCCACAGGCCCACAGUGGUGGAUGGGACUCCAUGCUAUGUGGGGCGCACCGAUAUCUGUGUGGAUGGAGUCUGUCGGUUACUGGUCCAUGGGGAGUUUAUGGGUUUGGACAACGACACUUUCUCUGUCCACUCCUCUGCUCCCGUCGCUGUUGCCCCCCAUCCAAGAGACACGCGCACCUACAUCUACCGGGCCGGGGUCUACGGAGAGUGCUCUGCCUCCUGCGAUGGAGGCAUGCAGUACCGCAGCGUGGACUGUUUGGUUCAGGACCCGUCGAACCCUCAUGUGGUGGACGAGUCUUACUGCGUCGCCCAGCGCCUGCAGAAGCCGCAGAGUCAGCAGGCGUGCAACAUGCACCCGUGUGCUGCAGCAGAGUACAGCGUCUCCAGCUUCAGCGUGUGUUCAGUGACCUGUGGGGAAGGGCAGCAGACGAGGGAGGUGGUCUGUGUGGGAGCGAGAGGGGAACACCUGCCUGACCACGCCUGCAGGGGACUGACCCGACCCGCUUCUGUCCAGACCUGCCGCCGACCUGCAUGUCACCAGCGCGUCUCCUGGCAUGUCACUGACUUUGGACUUUGCUCUAGAAGCUGUGGCGGUGGCGUGAGAGAGAGGAAGAUUGGUUGUUUUGAUACGGAUCUGAAUCCCUUCCCUGAGGAUCAAUGCGGAUUGGAUAGCAGGCCCACAUCUGCUGAAACCUGCAAUUCACAGCCUUGUCAUAGAGCACAAAUGGUUCCAAGCAUUCAGGACUCAGGGCCAGGUAGAAGUCCCAUAAGGUUUGUGCCCCAUGUUCCAGGGGAACCGUCAGGUCAUCCUUGUGCGCAGACAUUAUACGGAUGCUGCGCUGACGGCCAUACACCUGCAACUGGACCCAGGAACCAGGGCUGCACACAAGAUGACUGCGUUCGCAGCAGAUUUGGCUGUUGCUCAGAUGGCGUGACAGCAGCUCGAGGGUUCGGUAUGGCUGGAUGUCCUGACUACCAACCACCUGGGCCAAGAGAGACGCUCACCUACAUCUAUCGGGCCGGAGUCUACGGGGAGUGCUCUGCCACCUGCGACGGAGGCAUGCAGUACCGCAGCGUGGACUGUUUGGUUCAGGAACCAUCGAACCCCAGAGUGGUGGACGAGUCUUACUGCGUCGCCCAGCGUCUGCAGAGGCCACAGAGUCAGCAGGCUUGCAACAUGCACCCGUGUGCUGCUGCAGAGUACAGCGUCUCCAGCUUCAGCGUGUGUUCAGUGACCUGUGGGGAAGGGCAGCAGACGAGAGAGGUGGUCUGUGUGGGAGCGAGAGGGGAACGCCUGGCCGACCACGCCUGCAGAGGACUGGCCCGACCCGCAUCUGUCCAGACCUGCCGCCGACCUGCUUGUCACACGCACAUCACUUGGCACGUGACCGAAUUUGGACUUUGCACCAGAAGCUGCGGAGGCGGCGUGAGGGAGAGGAAGGUCGGCUGCUUCGAUUCAGAUCUCAACCCCUAUCUGGAGGAACGAUGUGGAGCAGCUAGCAGGCCUCUUGCCGUGGAGUCAUGCAACACGCAACCCUGUCCAGGAGUGCAAAUGGUUCCAAGUGUUCAAAAUCCAGGGGCUGGAGGAAGCCCGAGAACAUUUGUGCCACAUGUUCCAGGAGAUCCUUCAGUUUCAAGGCCGGAUACAUACAGUGAGCGGGAUCCCUACCCUCCUGUGUAUGGUCCUCACUGCUCGCAGUCGUUAUACGGCUGCUGUCCUGAUGGCCAUACCUCUGCGACUGGACCCAGGUACCAGGGCUGCCCACAGCAUGACUGUGCUCAGAGCAGGUAUGGCUGUUGCUUGGAUGGAGUGACUCCAGCUCCAGGAGCUGGAAGGGCCGGAUGUCCUGAGUUUCAGACAACUGAGCAGCGUCCAUCUCGCCCUGUCGAUCCACCCAGCGGGAAUGUGUGCCUCCUUCCCCAGGACGAGGGUCCUUGUGACACGUGGAUUGUUCGCUUUACAUUUGACUACAGCACUGGCAAAUGCAAGGAGUUCUGGUAUGGAGGCUGCCACGGCAAUGCCAAUAACUUCAGGUCAAUGGAAGCUUGCAAGAGAGAGUGCAGCGGCGCAGCAAGGGAGCCUGCACCUGCCAGGGGAACGUCCAGAAGAGGGUCACUUGGUAGCGUUGCAAGGGCAAGGGCUCAGCGCUCACGUCUUCAGCAUACAGGAUAAAAGAAAGGGUUACUGUUACUCACAGAUUAGUAUUCAGAGAAAUUGGAAAUCACUGCAAAAUGUUUCAAAACAAUAUCUCUCAUGAUUACAUUAUUUUCAGAUGAAAAUGCUUCUUGAAGCCUUUAGAACUUUCUUUAGCUACCGAUACUCUAGGUGACUCUCCAAUGUCACCUAGUCUCAUUCUCUGCGUCAAAUCAACUUAAGACAGGAAGAUAAUAGUUUUUUUUUUAAUCAAAUGACAUAGUUACAAAUCUUUGAUCUGAUUUUACAUUUGAUUGUUUUCUUUCACAAAUCUAUGUUGUGUCCAUUAUUUUUGAUUGGUUCAUUCAGAUUAACAUUAAAACAUCUUACAGGCCCAGUCAAUAAAGAGUUUACCUGGUAACCUUGCAA